AUGAUGCCGUUCAUCGAGCCCCUUCGCCUCUCGCGAACAAUCACCCGAGCAGUCCUAUCCGAAGAACAAGCAGAAGGCCAAGGCACCCGCGUCCGUCGCUCCAUCGGCCGCCCCGAACUCCAGAACUGCGACCCAUUCCUCAUGCUCGACGAAUUCUUGGUCGACAAGAACGGCGGCUUCCCCGAUCAUCCUCAUCGUGGGUUCGAGACGGUUACCUGCAUGCUGCAGGGACAGUUCCGACAUGAAGAUUUUGCAGGAUACAGUGGGGUUAUUGGACUGGGAGACGUGUAUACCCGGACACCGACAAUGUUUCUGGACAUCACGAUGGAACCCCACAAGGUUGUCGAGCAGAAUCUGCUAUUUUCUUACACUGGGUUCAUCUGCAUGCUCUCUGGCAAGACUUUCCUCGGCGAGGAGGAGGAGCAGUUCGUGGGCGAGGCACAUAACACGUUGACAUUCUCUGGCAGCGAUGGUGUCAAGGACACGGUGCUGAUCGAGACCAAGGAGGACGCGCACUCUUUUUAA